UUGAAAUCCGGUUGACAACCGUGUAAACUUGACAACGAGCUACUACAUCAAGCCCUGAGCGAAAGGCUCUGAAAUAAUCAAAGAAGGGCGACAAAAAAAGAUCAAGAUGUAUAAGCUAGAUUUGCCUAUCGAUUACAAGGAGGCGGCUGCCAUAGAGCGCCGGAAAUUAAUGGAAGAACAAAGAAAAUCGCGAAUAUUCAACUCAAAAACUAGAACGAUCGGGGUUGAUGUCCAAGCUAUAGAACAACAAAAUUUAGAUAAGAAACAACAGGAGGAAUAUGAAAGAAACCGAGAAAAAGCCUUCGCAUCUGAUGCUGUACGAAAUGAUAAAAUAUCUAUGAUGCUGGAACAAAGACAGAAUCAAGAUGUGAGGGAAUUAAAUAAAGCUGUCAAUGACUUCCGCUCUAUGCACCAACAACCUGCGAGUAGACGCGAAUUUGAUCUGUACGAUCCUGAUUACCUAAAGAAGGACAAGCCUGCCAGAGUCAGCGAUGAUGAUCCGCGAUGUGGAAUUUCUAGUAUUCAAAAGUUUGAAGGAGAAGAUUUGAACAACAAGGCCAGAAGAAAUUACCAACAAGAACAGCUAAGAGAAUGGUCAACACAACAGAGUGAGGAAAAGUCUCAAGCCAAGAGGAACAUGAAUCAAGCUAACCAUCUAUAUGACCUUAAGAUGAGGGAACUUGACCAGAGGGCGAUGGACCUUGCUAAAUCUGAGGAGGACUGUCGCAGAGCUAUAAAUAUGGCCGUGAAAGAUUACAACCAGGCACUGGACAGAGAACGUUCGGAGAAAGAAAGAUUACAAAAACAACAGGAACAUGAUGAUAACAUGACAGAGAUUGCAAACCACAUCUUCGGAGAUGUUCUGACAGAGAAUCCGUCGGUGGCCCAGAGCGCCUUUGGUCCUCAUCGUGUCAUCACCGACAGAUGGAAGGGCAUGAGCCCCCAACAACUGGAACACAUCCGUAACCUUCAGGAGCUCCAGAGAGCGGAGAAAAAUAGGCUGGAACAGGAGGAUGAGUUACGGAACAAGGAGUGGGAGAGACAGCAGAUGGCAAACGCUCGCGCCGCCAUGCUUCUUGAAAGGGAGAUGGAGCGCAAGAGGCGUGAACUAGACCGCGAACAAGCAGAGGAGAACCGACGACUUGCUUCCGAACAGACAUCACACAAGGAAUUCCUGAACAAGGAAGUUUAUACCAACCCGCCCACAGCAGCCUUCUUCACACAGUUUAAUACUACCACUCGAUAGGAAAAACAACGUGCUAUAGGGAAGGGUGGGGGUUAGGGGGUGGGAGGCAUUAAAAAAAUUUAAGAUCAUGCAGGCAUAUUAAAUUGUAUUGAAUUGGCGACAAAAUGAUCAUUAUCAUUGAGAUCAUACUUGGGACAGCUGUUAUUUUUAACAGGAAGAAGAAUUUGGACUACACUUCCUUGUAAUGGAAUUUGGUGGGUGAUGUCUCAGAUUUCGAGUGAAGGUGGUGGUAAAUGAGAACUACUUUGAUGAUCCAAUCAGAAGUAUAGCUUCUUUAAAUAUGCUAUGCUUAUUAUGAUUAAAUUUAUAUAUGUGGGUGGGGCCGUCAAGAGUCUGGGUCAGAUAAAUGUUUGUGUUGGAAGCAUUGGGAUGGGCUGUCAGGAGUCUGGGUCAGAUAAAUGCUUGUAUUGGAAGCAGUGGGAGGGGCUGUCAGGAGUCUGGGUCAGAUAAAUGCUUGUAUUGGAAGCAGAGAACAACAGCUUUGAUUAUUGGACAAUUAUUCCGGCCAAGUCUACAAUAAACGUCAGUAGUUUGUGUGAGAUUUUGGUGCAGCACUAACUCAGUUUCAACCACAUUUCCACUCGGAAUCAACACUUUAUAUUCUGUUGUGGAAAAAUUUGUUUGCACACAAACUCCAAAUUUACUUUUAGAAAGUAAAUUUGUACUAUCAACAUCUCUCAAAAGGAAGAAACUGUCUAAUGACGAUGAUUUUCCAAAAAAUUCUUUUCAUAAAGUUUGAGAAUGUUAAUAUCAAUGUUGAAUUAAACAUGCGUAAAACAUCAGUGUAUUUGUGUUAGGGAACUUCAUUGAGAAUGCUCUAAAUAAAAAAUCAUUUUAUUUGAAACAAUGAAUUGAUUUCCCUAUUUUCCAAUGUGAGAAUGAAGAGAGCUUGUUUGUCACUUCAGUACAUUGUACUUCUAGAAAAAUAUUUUUCAUUUGUAAAUAGUGUAUCUAACUUUUAUUUAAAGUCUGUGAUAUAUAUUACAUGUAUAGAAACUUACCGAUUAAAAAUGAAACACAA